GGGCGGCCCACCACCACACCAGAUUUUUCUUCCUGUUGCUUCCUCGGUUGCUCCUCUCCUCUGCUUCCGUCCCUCCCCGCGUCGCCUGCUUCUCCCCACAACCAAACACACAACAAAUCCGCCAUGGCGCUCGCCUCCGGCACGUCCCGCCUCCUGCUGGGUCGCCCCGCCGGCACCGCGCGGCUCCACCUCGCCGUCUCCUCAUCCUCCCCCGCCUCUUCGAUCCGCUUCCGCCGCGGCGCUGGUGCCGGCGGCGGCAGGGCGGCCGUCGUCUCCCUCCGCGCCCCCGCGCCUCCAGCAGCGGCGGCAGCAGCAGCAACAUCUGGUAGCAUUGCUCCAGCAAUUUCAUUGACUGAAAAGGCCUUGAAACAUCUGAACAAAAUGAGGGCUGAACGGAAUGAAGAUUUGUGCUUGAGAAUUGGAGUGAAACAGGGUGGAUGCUCAGGCAUGUCUUACACCAUGGAGUUUGAAAGUCGAGCGAAUGCCAGCCCUGAUGAUUCUGUUGUAGAGUAUGAUGGUUUUGCAAUAGUCUGUGACCCCAAAAGCCUUCUUUUCAUGUUUGGAAUGGAGCUGGACUACAGUGAUGCGCUCAUUGGUGGUGGCUUCCAUUUCCAGAAUCCAAACGCAACAAAAACCUGUGGGUGCGGCAAAUCUUUUGCGACUGGGAAAGAAACCGAGGCCGCAGCAACUGCUUGCAACAACUAGAGUAGCGAAAUAAUGAUAGCAAAAUGUGAUGUAACAUGUUAUAUAGCUUGCUCCUAUUGAAGUCCCGUGGCUACACCACAAUACAGAAGGCAUAGAAUUCAAAGAAAGUACACCAUUAUCAAUGGCCCCCAUAUUUCAGCUUUUCUUGUAUGGCGAUCAUUCUGAAUCUGAAGUCCUUAAACUUGUGUUAUGGUCCCUGAACUCUCAAAAAGUAUUUUCAGGUAUCUAAGCUUGUCUU